ACUUCGAGGAUUACAGUUGUACACGUUAAUGGCUCGUCAAAAGAAUAAAUGGGAUAUUUCUGCGCUGGAUCACCAUGGUUAAAACGUGUACCUUAGCAGCGCUAUCUGAGAGCUGUGACUUCCACUGCUUGAUCGUCAAAGAAGAUAGAAAGUGGUGGUACUUUAUCGCAACAAGCGGCGCAAUUUUCAUUGGGGGAUUGUUGGUCAUAUUAGCUUCAAGGCUGUUUAUUAAAAUAUGCAACUCAAAACAGAGCAGGUUAAACCCAACUAAAAAGGAUGCCAACAAGCAGCGGAUUAAUCGGUCGCACGUCGCACCGGAAGUGCAGAAACGAGGGAUUUAUGUCAAACUUAAGGAACAAGCCGGUACACUGAUAACAGCACAGACCUUCAAGGGCCGAUGUUUGUUCCUUGCAGCAAAUGAUAAGUUGAUGUUUUGGGUGGAGACGUUAUCUUUGGUGGACCUCCUGACGAUACCUCAAGUGUUUGUUUCUGUUGUCCUUCAACAGAACUGGCUGGGAUUAAGAUUUCUUCGUGCUAUGCAGUUUAUUAGGCUUGCAGAUAUUCUUCAAUUCUUGGGAAUUAUUAACUCAAGUGGGAUCAUUACACUUACAGUCAUGAUUGGUAACUUGUUUGCUCUCAUCUUUACAUCUGCUGGGAUUCUUCAUCUGGUGGAAAAUUCAGGAGAUCCUUGGAGCUUCAGUAAUGGUCAAAGCUUGAACUUUUUUGAUUGUCUCUACUUUUUAGUGGUUACAAUGAGUACAGUGGGAUUUGGUGACAUAUCUGCUAUAACAUAUUUUGGAAGGACUUUUAUGAUCAUAUUCAUUUCCAUUGGCCUGGGUAUGUUUGCCACUUACAUCCCAGCAAUCUUGGAAUAUUUGGGUAGCCACACAGUUUAUCAUGGCUCAUACAAACUCUCUGAAGGAAGAAAACAUAUCAUUCUCUGUGGAUAUAUCACAAAGGAAAGUGUAGAAACAUUCCUACGGGAUUUCCUACAUAAAGAUCGAUCCAAUGUUGCUGUAAAUGUUGUCAUCAUGGGAAACUUUUUGCCAGAUGCAGAAAUGCAGUCCCUGCUCAAGAAACAUUUUGUUCAUGUAUCGUACUUCAAGGGCACAGUUCUGAGUGCAGAGGACUGCAAAAGAGUUAAGAUGAAAGUAGCUGAUUCCUGUAUCGUAUUGUGUAACAGAGAGUGUGUUAAUCCCAGUGAAGAGGAUUCUGAGAAUAUCAUGAGAGUUGUAGCUGUGAAGAAUUACUACCCAGGAAUAAGAGUCAUCAUACAACUGCUUCAGUAUCAGAACAAGUCGUACCUAUUGAAUAUUCCAUCAUGGAAUCCCAAACGUGGAGAUGAUGUUGUUUGCAUCAGUGAACUCAAGUUGGGAUUUAUUGCCCAAAGCUGUUUGUCACCGGGAUUUUCAACACUUUUGGCCAAUGUUUUCUCAAUGCGUUCACAUGAAACAUCAGACACUACAGAGUCAGACUCGUGGAAGACUCACUACAUUGAAGGAGCAAACCUUGAAUUAUACACUGAAACAUUAUCAAGUUCGUUCAAAGGAAUGACGUUCCAACAAGUUGCUGAGAUUUGUUUUGGUAAGCUUGGCCUCCUGCUCAUUGCCAUAGAAACUAUUAAACCUGAUGGAGAAAAAGUAUUCAACAUCAAUCCUUUGGACAAGACCAUUGAACAACGGACACGAGGAUACUUCAUAGCUGAUUCCGCAUCUGAAGUCAAGAGGGCUUUACAUUACUGUGUAAAUUGUCAUGCUGAUGUGAAACAACCAGAGCUGAUAAAAGAGUGCGACUGCUCCAAAGGAACCCUCACUUUCCGUGGAUUAGGCAAAGCCGUUCUCAUCACUGCAACUGCUGCGAGUAAAAAUGAGACAGAUGUUCACUUAACUGGUGUAGUCAACCAUGCUGUUGAUCAUGACACAGCCUAUUUGUGUUUUGCACCAGAAGGCAAACAAAGAAAUGGCAAACCACCAGUUAAAGCGGUCGACCCGAGACUGUCUUUUAGUUUAACAAGCAAACAAGGUGGAGAGGCAAGGCAGGGCACCUACAAAGUUCUACACAAGCUUAAAGCUUUAAAAGAGCAACAAGCAAAUGAUGGUGAAAAGAAGCCUUGUUUUGACAUCUCAGGGACGUUUUAUUGGUGCCAGCCGACGCGAUUUGAGAAUGUUUUGCUGACUCGAGAGGAUGCUGUGAAUAUCGUUUUCUCGCACCACAUACUUGUCUGCGUUUUCAAUGAAGAAGACGCCCCGCUUCUGGGGUUGAGACCAUUGGUCAUACCUUUAAGAGCUAGCAAUCUGCUGCAAUCUGAACUCAAGAAAAUUGUCUUUCUUGGAAACAAGGAGUACAUGGCGAGAGAGUGGCAUCAGUUGUGCAAUUUUGAGGAUGUUUUCGUUCUUCCGGGCUCUCCAUUUUGCCGAGCGGAUCUGCGGGCUGUCAAUGCAAACUUGGCGGACAUGGUCGUUUUCUUGUCGCCUUCUACGGCUAGAAAAACCGACGACCCGAAGCUGGCCGAUAAGGAAUCGAUUUUAGCGUCGUUGAAUCUGAAAGCCAUGUCAUUUGACGACGCGGUUGGAAUGCUAAGCGAGAGUACAAGGAAUGCUUUUGCGGGUCCAGAGUUUCACGAGGCGCCGCAAGUGGAGAGAAGAGGCUCAGCUUAUGGAUGCAAUGUCCCAAUAAUUACAGAAGUUGCUUUUGACCAGAGUGUGCAGUACCUAGACAUUGAUGACGAAGACGAUGACGACCUUGAACUCUACCUCACCCAGCCGUUCGCUUGUGGUACAGCUUUUACUGUCUCCAUGCUGGAUUCGUUGAUGAGCGCGAGCUACUUCAACCCAGACGUGCUAACGCUCGUGCGGAAUCUGGUAACCGGUGGCGUGAACCAGUUUCUAGAGGAACAUAUCGCUGAAGGAGACGAGCUAAAAGGAGGCCUGGACGCUGCACAGACAGCAGACACCAGGAGCCGGUGUAAAAUUGUGCAGAUAUCGCUGUUUGAUGGUCCACUGGCGCAGUACGGAGAUGGUGGCAAGUUUGGCGACAUGUUUUUGCACGCCUUGCAGUCCUCGUCUAUGAUCUGCUUGGGUCUCUACCGCUUCCGUGACAGUAACAAAAUCAACAUUGGAAUUCCGUCUGCCAAACGGUACGUGAUUUGCUCGCCGCCAUACAACUUUGUACUUCAGCAAACAGACCUGGUGUUUGUGCUGGCACACUCAGAUCCACAGCUUGAAAAAUUCAAAUAGUGACGUUUUAACAUGUUUAUUGGUUUUAUACGAGAAAGAUCUCACUGCAUAUCCCACUACCAUUGCGUGACAACGUAGGAUGAAAUUUUAAGUCGCUUCUUGUCACGCAAUUGUCAGGUGUCUGUCGUAGCAGAGUUUCGAUGAUAUUUCGGUCAAGAGAAAUGUGCACGCAAUUUGGUGAUAAUAUAAGCACAUAAACUUGAAGUAUGGGGAUAACAUACUUUCAUUCAAGUUUUGUUUAACUAUUUUGGGUAAGUCACACCAAAUUUAAAGUCCCAAUGGAAACAAGACUUGAAUGAAAAUCGGUAAAUGGGCACUUUUAUCUCCAAGUUAGGGCUUUGAUAUGAGUUAAAAAACGCACGCGAAUAGAAUUUUUAAGAGUCAUUAGUAAUUGACACAAAACAGAUUGAAUUAGGUUGACCUUGGUAAUUAAUUGUAUACUUAAUGCACUACAGGUAAACUUAAUCAUAACAACCACGAUCUACGAAAUGUACGAAUAUGCGUGGGUAGAAAUUAAGCUUGGAGCUUGGGGAUGAAAGGGGUAAUUCCAACCUCCCUUCCCACAACUGGUCAAGAUGUAAUUUCUCCCUUCAGUGUAUUGAGUGCAUUGGUAAUAAGAAUAUUGCAAAUUGUAAAAUUAUCUUGUUACAGUUGGAUUUUGCGAAAAUUCACGGAAAACGUUUUACAUGUAGAAGUUUGCUUUUAGAUUUGAGAAAGUAUUACCGUUGGUACGAGAAAAGUUUAUAUAUUUAAUUUCUUAUUUAUUUUCAAGUUUUCAUAUUUUUGGUUUAAUUGUUUGGUAAGGUAUAUAUUUCUUCAUAUUCAAUUGUUUAUUGGAAAAAAAGUAAUUAAUUAACGGCAUUAGCCAUUCAGUACCGCAUGCUUACGUUCAAAACGCUGUUGAUCAUAAGGGCCCAAUGAGAGCCUGAUAUUUAGUGUUUUCGUUUAGUUCUUACGUACAGAUAAAAUAAAGUAAGUUCAUAGAGUGCAGUCAUAUAGCGUCGUGUAGCGAUUUUCGAUGGAGAGUUGUAAAAUCAAAUCCAAAUUAAUGAGAGAGGAAAUGGUGAUCGUAGUGGGUAGUCAGAACAAACGAAAAUAGCAGAGAGAGUUAUUGAGAAGUCAAAAUGAAAAAGAAAAAAAAAACUGUAACAACAACAAAACAACAACAAAAAACAGUUAGGUCCACAAAGCACGAGAAAACGCGAGUGGAUAAGUCCUGGUUGGUUUUAAUUUUAAAUAUUAUUGGCUGAGAGUCUAGUGCAUGUUUUCCUGAUCAAUUACAGGGACGCUCUGUUAAAACUGAAAAUGAAAACGGUUCAAUGUAGGACGAUUUUUGCAACUCGGUUGAAAAUUACUUCAGCAGCCAUUUUGUUUUAUAUACACUAUAAACAGUCUGCCAUCCACGCACUUGUCAGAGUUGAACUGUCAAUGCAUUCGCUCUCGUUUGUUUCAAGAAACAAGUAUGACCGCCGGUGAUGCUAAUGAAUGUACUCUUUUGAACGGAUAGGAAGUCUUAAUUGUCCUGAAUCUUUUGAAAGUGUUUAGUGUGUCGAGAUCGGCCGAAAAUUUAGGAGCAAAGACUGAUAUCACAUCGAAUUUUCUUCUGGCUCACUUUUUUUAAUUAAUUACUUAAUAUUUCACAAAGGAAGUCCAAUAAGUAAGUAGAUUAAAAAUUCUAAACCACUAUUUCAGUUGAGGGAAAAUUUUGUAUAAAACAUCGGAAAUAUUUGUAAUGUUACAGCUGCUGAUCGGCUGUUUAUUUAAUAAGAGAUUUUUUUAGCUGAUACUAAGUAUCUGGUAACUUUUAUGUCAAUUCACUCUGCAAGAGGUUUUAAAUAAA